AACUCAUAUAUAUAAAGUCUCCUUCUCUUGUCAUCACAAUUCACAAAGCAUCAGUUUCUCCUUCUCCUUCUCCUUCUCCCACCUCUCGAUCCUUCGGAGUUUCCAAAACAGGAAUGUCCCGUGGAAGAGUUCCUAUGAAGAUGGAACUGAAACGUUAUGAUCUUGAACAACCUGUGUCUAUACCGGCCUUGAUUGAUGAUGAUGAUGAUGAUUUCUGGCCACUGAGUGAGAUUGAUACAAGAAAGUCGAAAUUCCCGUGCUGUAUUGUCUGGACUCCUCUCCCUGUUGUCUCUUGGUUGACUCCCUUCAUUGGCCAUAUAGGACUUUGUAGAGAAGAUGGAGUCAUUUUGGACUUUGCUGGUUCUAACUUCAUCAAUGUAGAUGAUUUUGAAUUUGGUCCUCCUGCUCGGUAUCUCCAACUCGAUCGAACCAAGUGUUGUUUACCUCGAACCAUGGGUGGCCACAGUUGCAAGUAUGGAUUCAGACACACUGAGCUUGGGUCAUCAGUUACAUGGGAUGAUGCACUGAGCAUGACUACACGUAGCUUUGAGCAUAAAAGCUACAACCUCUUCACCUGUAACUGCCAUUCGUUUGUUGCACACUGUCUCAACCGUCUUUGCUAUGGUGGCUCGAUGGAGUGGAACAUGGUGAAUGUUACUAUUCUGUUAAUGCUGAAAGGGAAAUGGAUCAGUCCUUCAUCAGUAGUCCGGUCAUUUCUGCCAUGUGCUUUCGUCACAAGUUUGGGGGUCGCGUUUGUCGGCUGGCCAUUCCUGAUCGGCCUUUCUUCGUUCUCGAUUCUUCUCUUUGCCUGGUUCAUAAUUGCUACUUACUGUUUUAAGGACAUCAUUUGUUGAAGCAGUAAGGGAGAAAUAAAAAAAAAAUUAUGUUAAUCCUAAGUAAUGUUCUCUUUUCCUAAGUAAAUUAUGUUAAUCCUUAGUAUGUUCUCUUUUCCUAAGUAAAUUAUGUUAAUCCUAAGUAAUGUUCUUUUGUCCUAAGUAAAUUAUGUUAAUCCUAAGUAAUGUUCUCUUUUCCUUUUAA